AUGCCCACCGUUCUUCUCGCGACCGCGUGGGUUGACAUACACACUUCUGAAGGAAGAUGUUUUAAGGUCCGCUCUUUAUUAGAUCAAGGGUCUAAUUUUAGCUUUAUUUCCGAAGCAUUGAGUCAAACGCUUCGCACUAAACGACAGAGGACCGAUCUUCAAAUAAAAGGUUUCGGGGAGAAAUAUGCCGGUUCUGCGCGAUCGAGAGUUUCGCUAAAUUUGACGCCGUGCGAAAAAUUGAAUCCUGUUUUUCCGGUCACUGCGUAUGUAUUCCCGCGAAUAACUUCGUACGCCACGUCGCGAAUUCGGCCUAUAGAAUCAUGGCCUCAUUUACAGGACCUUUCACUAGCAUAUCCGGAUCCAUCUAGUCGACAUCAGAUUCACAUGCUGAUCGGCGCGGACGUGUACGGUUCGCUCUUAUUGCGCGACCUGAGACAGGGCCCCUAUGGAGCGCCCACUGCCCAAUCGACCUCGUUCGGUUGGAUAAUCUCUGGACCGACCGGAAGUAAAGAAACUACUUCACAAGAAGUAACUGUUUUGAAUUGCGUAUCCGCGCUGGAUGUGGACUCUCUCCUCCAGAAAUUCUGGGAGGACAAAGAGAUUCCCACGCCAACUUCCCUCACGGAGGAGGAAGAAAAAUGCGAAUCUCAUUUCGCUCAAACGCACAGUCGUGAUCCUGACGGUCGUUAUGUCGUGAGAUUACUUUUCAAAAAUGCUUUGCCGAUCGAUAUCGGGGAAUCUCUCUCCAUAGCGCGUACAUUGUACGGUCGUCUGGAAAAUAAAUUGAAUUCAAAAUCCGAUCUCUGUUCGCUAUACAGAGACUUUCUUACAGAAUACGAGGCCCUUGGACAUAUGACUCGCGUUGGCGAGUCCGAACCCACUGAGAAUAUACCGAUUUAUAUUCCCCAUCAUCCAGUAAUAAGAGAGGAUAGUUGCACCACAAAGCUUCGAGUCGUAUUUAACGCGUCGUGUAAAACCCGGAAUGGCACGUCACUUAACGACCAUUUGCUCAUCGGGCCAAAGUUGCAGCAGGAUCUCCCUGCCGUCUUAUUGCGUUGGCGUGCAUGGCGCUUGGUUUAUACGGCAGACAUCGCCAAGAUGUUUCGACAAAUACGCGUACAUCCGCGGGACGUCGAUUACCAAAGAAUCCUGUGGCGUCCGACGGAUGACGCUCCGCUUACUCAUUUUCGCCUUCUUACAGUGACGUAUGGUUUAGCAUCGGCACCUUAUCUUUCGAUGCGCGUGCUUCGACAGCUCGCGCUUGAUGAAGGUGCAAAGUUUCCUGCCGCGGUACCGAUCGUCAAUGAUUCCAUUUACGUGGACGACGCAUUGUUCGGAGCAAACGAUAUCGAUUCGUUAAUAAAUACGCGAACUCAGCUCGCUGAGCUAAUGAGGCGCGGAGGUUUUUCACUUCGUAAAUGGGCUUCAAACUGUAGCGAGCUUCUUGACGAUUUAUCCAGCGAUCAAUCGGACGUUACCGAUCACCUUAUCCUAAAGGACGAAACGUUGAAAAUACUCGGAUUAUCAUGGCUCCCUACGGAAGACUCCUUCCGCCUUACUGUGAAAUUUAAUUUUCCUACCGCGUUAACUAAGCGUUCAAUCCUGUCGUGCAUCGCGAGCUUGUAUGACCCCCUCGGAUGGGCUGCGCCGGUUGUAAUAAACGCAAAAAUCAUUCUGCAAGAGCUAUGGCUUUUACAUUGCGACUGGGAUGCUCCGCUUCCGAACGAAUUGAGUCAACGGUGGAAUGCUUUCGCUUCCGAGUUCCCGCAAUUAGAAUCCGUUAGAAUUCCUCGGUGGACGGGUCAGAGCCCUGAUAAUCUCGCGUUAGAAAUACAUGGAUUCGCCGACGCUUCAAAUCGCGCGUACGCUGCGGUCGUAUACUUGCGCGUUUUCCAUUCUCUUUUGGAAUACCGUGUUAGCUUGAUCGAGCGAAGUCGAAGGUGGCUCCCGUCAAGACUGUUAGCAUUCCGCGGCUCGAGCUCAACGCCGUUGUUUUAUUGA